UUUCGGUGAUGGUUUGCAUGAAGGAUGUUUGCUUGCGAUUUCGCUGGACAAUUUCCAGCACAGCACGGUUACGGAUAACAGCGGCGCACAGCGCCAUUUCAUUCGAAAAGACUGCUCCCAAAUCUGAACUCAGCUAAUUCUGUUCCACGUUUGGAACUCUUCGAGGUACACACACGUUCACGAUGACAACAGCGGAGGAGACGUCCUCCCGGUUCCAUCUGCGACGACCAGCAGCGAACUUGGCCAGCUCGUUCCCAAUCGCAACCCGAUGGAGCCAACCCCCGUCAUCGCAGCAUCUGUACACCCGAAGAACCAUCGUGUCGGUAACCGCUGAGGGUCAACAGCGACGCCAGGAGGCGUCGGGGGAGGCCACGGAGGUCUCCCCCAGUUCAGGCAAGGAGUCUCGCAUCGCAUCGACGCCGACGCCGGCGUCACCGAUCGCAUCAGAUAGCAGAGCAGCAGAUCACGCACGGCGCCACCCACGCACGGUGGCUUUGCGUUCAGCAGAUCAUCGCAGAUUAACAGCAGCAAGCAAGCAGACAGACGAACCGACAACCGACGUCGGCGGCACGCUGUCGAAGAACAACCGCAGCACAUCGAAGCAUCCACCCCCGCAACUAGCAGACGAUUAAACCGAUCGAGCAGAGCAAGCAUUUCAAAACAACACCAGCAGACGGUAGCAGCACAUCCCAGUUCCAGCUCAAGUUCAAGGUCGACCUGCUGUCGAUCGACACCAUCAUGAAACAGCACCUGAAAGAACGACAAAAUCAGCGUUUUGCAGCGCACCACGACACCAAUCAACCCCAAAAGUGUCCCCAGCAGCAGCGCGGCAUCCUGAUUGAUGGUCCAAGGUCCAGUCCUGUCCAGAAAGCAGCAAAUCCGUGGCGAAAUCGAUGCAUUUUCGACUGCAGCGAAAUGCACGAUGUUUACAGUCCAGCAGAAGAACAAUAUCUAUUGUCCGUGUUCGAUCGACGGCCGCAGCCGCGAUCGUAGUAUAUAAGCAAACAAAAAAUCUGACUUGACCUAAGGUAACAAUAGAUACAGUAGAAGUAGUACAUAAGUGACGAAGAUAACGGAUAUGAGAUAAGGAACAGAACCAAAACAAAUCAGUGGGAAUUGUAGUAGUAGUUGUAACAGCGAGAAGAAUGUUUGAAUCAGAGUGAUUCCAAGGCGGCCGGUAUGAUCGCGCGAGAGAUCAAAUUCCAAAUUGUACCAGCCUAAAUGUGAUCCACAAAUAAAUGUUAUUCCGUCCCUGUCUGUCCCUGAAGUGAGCAGAGUGAGCAGAGGUGAUCCUCGCUCUUUUAGAUCUCUCCCCGGCUCGCUUCUCAUGUACUGUCCCUGUUAGAGUAUAGUCUUAAAUAAACCGUUGACUACGCCAGACAGCUACGCGUUUAAGAAUAAAUUGUGUAGUUUCUGUUCGCGCAAUAAAUUGUUUUAAUCAGUGCUAAACGGUUUAUGAUUAGUGUCCGAAAUCCCCGAACCGACCACACGCGCGAACAUUUGGGCAGUGCUAAAAAGUGCGGAAAAAAUCCCAAAAAGCGGAGCUGAACA